UAACGCAGAAAAGAAAAAAGAAGAAGGAGAAGAAGAAGAAUAAAAAUAAAAGGAACUAGCUAUGCCUUCAGUAUGUUGUGCGGUAGGGUGCAACAACAACAAAGGAGACCCCAAAAUAUCCUUUUACAGACUACCUCAGGACGAAAAUAGACGCCAUCAGUGGCUUGCAGCCAUCAAGAGGACAGACUGGACACCAACUUCAAACACUCGUCUGUGCAGUGCUCAUUUUGUCUGUGGUGUGAAGAGCCAGAACCCUCUGAACCCUGACUUUGUCCCAACAAUAUUUCCGUAUCUCAGCUCCCCCAACAAGAGGAAGAGGAUUAAUCAAAUGACAAGAUUCAAACAAACACAAAAACUGAAGAGAAAAAGAGCAGUUAGUUUGGACAGACAAGAGACUGGAAAAGAAGAAGAGGGAGUGGAGAUGGACAAAGAUGACAGGCAAGAGUUUGACAGAGAAGACAGACAUGAGUUAGAUGAAGAUGAUGGACAGGAAAUUGACGGGGGAGAUGAAGAGAGGUCGGGUGGAGAAGACGGACAUGAGUUGGAUGGAGAAGAGGGACAGGAGAUUGACAGAGAGGAGCCUGGAAUGGAGACUAGCAGUGAUGUAGGAUUAUCUCAAGGUUCCUGUGGAAAUGCCUCUUGUGAAGCCACAAUGAAACAAUUAAAUGAGGAGUGCGUAAGAUUACAGACAGAAAUUUGGAAGCUCAAGGGUCAAGUAAAGUCAUUGUCUUUCGACCAAGAAAGUUUGAAGGACAAAGAUUAUAAAGUACAUAAAUUAACUGGCCUUCCUUCAUAUGUAAAACUAAUUGUUGUUUUCUCUUUUAUCUCAUCAUUCCUAAAGUUGAAAUCCAGUUUGUCCCCUUUUCAGCAGUUUCUUUUGACAUUAAUGCGCCUGAGAAUGAACUUGCCACUUUUCUUUUUAGCUCAUGUAUUUCAUGUAUCAAUGUCAACUGCUGGUCGGGUUUUCAACAACACACUGAAUGUAAUGAAUGUUAGGCUGUGUAAUAUCAUAAAGUGGCCAAGCAGAGAUCAGAUCCUUUUGUAGUCUCCCAAUGUGUUUAUAGAAACGGCUUUGAAAAUUGUACCAGUAUUAUUGAUUGCUUUGAAAUUUGUAUCGAAAGACCAAAGGAAAUGAGAGCAAGAGCACAAACGUAUUCUCAGUAUAAGCCUCAUAACACAGUUAAAUACCUCAUCUCCAUAACUCCACAUCAGCUUUGUUUCGAAAGGUUGGGGCGGGAGGACAAGUGACAAGCAUGUGACUGAGCACAGUGGAUUUCUUGACUUAUUGUCCCCUGGAGAUGUUGUUCUCGCAGACAGGGGGUUUAACGUGGCAGAGUCUUUGGGUCUUGUUAAUGCUCGACUCAAGAUACCAGCAUUUACUAAAGGAAAACGGCAGCUUCACCCAGCUGAAGUUGAGUCAUCGCGGGGACUGGCAGCAGUGCGCGUCCAUGUGGAGAGAGUUAUAGGCCUCGUACGGAAUAAAUACACCAUUUUGCAAGGAACUAUACCAAUAACUCUGUGCUACUCACCUCUGGACAAGAUGGUGAAAGUGUGCUGUGCCCUCUGUAACCUUUGCCCCCCUGUUGUUCCAAAGGAGUGAAUAAAUUUGUGUCAAUACAUUCA